AUGAUAGCAUCAACAUUUUAUAUAGAUGUUGGUAAACUCAACAGAAUAGAAUCAAUCAUUAAAACAAAAGGUAAGAGAGAGAGGAAUUCAUCGAUCAAUGAUUUGGUGGCUGAUAGGUAUAUUGAUUAUUUGGUACAAGUUUUGAAUUACUAUUUGGUGGAGGAAGUUGACCAAUUGAUCAACUUGGGUGGUGGUGAAGGAGGAGCAACUUAUUCAUUUCAAGUUGCUUUGAAUUGUCUUUGUGCUAUAUCACAUAUAUCAAGUUCUGCAUGCAGUGAAUUGGUCAAUUGCAAGAUCAUUCAAACACUACAAUAUCUAUUGGAAAUCGAUUCAAAGACACACCAACAGAGAUUCACAAGUCAAGUGAUCGAUUGUUUGUUGGUGAUUGGAGAGUCUGGAGGAUCGUAUCAUGUCACCAAAGUGAUUGAUUAUUUAUUAAAUCGAAUGGUACAAGAAGAGGUUGGUAGUGGUGGUGGUGGUGGAUCUUCUCCUUCUUCUCCUUCUCCUUCUCCUCCACAUGUAACAUCUUGUAGUCUAAAAUUUAUUUCAACAUUGUACAAUAUAGAAGAAUAUUAUUAUCGACAAGGUGGAAGCAAUGGAGCACAUUUCAUCAAUGUCAUAAGAGUGGUCAAGGGGUUCUUGUCGAGUCAGCAUUUGGGUGUUCGAACAGAGUCCAAAAGAUCAUUGGCCAGACUAUUAAAACACUAUCAUUCAUUGACGACACUGUACAAUCACAAUGGUAUUCAUCAACUUUCACAAUCAAUUAGUACUGUAUUAUUGGCCAAUGAAAACAACAUAUUCCAACUACUUUGUAAACAAUGUACAAUGUUGUUAGAUUUGGAAACAUUGGAUUUAUUCAUAUCAAUUUGGAAAAUGAAUAAUAAUCAAAUAGAAAUUAAUAAUAAUAAUAAUAAUAGUAAUAGUGAAAUUCAAACCAUUUUAAUAAUCAAAGCAAUUAUUAAUACUGCAAUGAGACAUUCUUCUUUGCAAAAAAUGACCGAUGUAAAUAAUAAUAAUUAUAAUAAUAAUAAUAAUAAUAUUGGUUUGGAGAAUCAAUCAAUACUUUUAAGAUGUUUUGAAAGUUUGGGUAUAAUGAUGGAAAGUAACUCAAAACAUGUAGACAUGUUAAUUAAUAUCGAUCGGUUAGAUUACCAAUUUCUAGAUCAACUUUUACCAACCUUUGAUAAAAUGAUCAUUUCAAAUGCCUCAAAUCCCAACCUUUUGAUUGAUUAUACAACAAGACAAUUAAUCAUUUUACAACUAUUUUGUCAUGGAUAG